GUGGGGCUCUGCGUGGGGCAGAGUGGUCCCGUGGGGCAGAGUGGUCCCGGGCCUGUCCCCGGGCUGGGGCCGUGGUCAGGGUCGAGAAUCCUGUAGGGGGAUUGUGGGAGGAUGAGCGGGGGGUUGUGGGAGGAUGAGAUGGUCAGGAGGAACUUGCGGGCCCUCCAAGGGGGGCUGCCAUCCCUUGUGCCCCUAGAGGAAGGGCUGGGGAUGAAGCUGAACCGGAUGGGGGCCGGGCUGUUCCACUUGGGGGGCUUCGCUCUGCUGCUGGUGUCCGUGGCCGAGCCAGCCUGGUCGCAGGUGGACUUUGGGGACUCCUCCCUGGUCACCUACCCCAGCCCCUGGAUGCUCUGCUUUGGCCAGACCUGUCUGAAAAGACCCAGCUCAGUGUUGGGCGAGUUCUCUCGGGCCUUCUUGACCCUCUCGCUGGUCUUCUCUGGCUUGCUGAGCCUCGCUCUCCUCACCAUCACCCUGUGCCAGUACCAGCCCCUGAUGCUCAGCGAACAGCAACUUCCGGCCGCGGGGGCCAACUUCGUCAUCGGGAUAGGCGUACUCCUGGGGAUCGGGUUCUACGUCGCGUUGAUCUCCCAGUCAAUCGAGGGCUCGGAGACGGCCCACAUUUCUCUCCGCUGGCCCAUCUACACGACCGCUUUGAGCUUCUGCUUCUUCAUGGGGGCUGGCACUCUCCAUCUAGCCACUCAGCGUGUGACCUGGAGCUCCUUGAUCCUACCCUCCAGCCGGCCUGGACUCAUACCUCAUCCAAAGGAUGACAGAAGCAGGAGCAGCAACCCAGCUUCGUCCAUCUGGGAAUUACCAGCUGAGCCUCAGCAUCAUCCUUCCCCCAAGCCCUGAUCCAUGAAGGCCUCUGGCUCUGUAGAUCGGGUGUGAACCAUGUGCAUCAAUGGUUGUUAGUGGCCGGGUGUCUGGGGGUGGGGGUGAAGGGUGAGGGAUAUGACCGGGAUGUAUUUGAGAGAGCGUCUGUGUGACUGAGUUUGUUUAGGUGUCGAUGGGAGGUGUGUCUUUAAGGGUAGAAAUACAUUCGUGUAUUUUUACAUUCGUGCAUUUAAGUGUGGACCAGGGAGGCUGUGGCUGUAUGUGAAUCUAGGUGUGUCUCUCAGUGUGGAUAUCUGUGUGUGUGUGUGUGUGUGUGUCUUCCUGGGUCCUGCUCCACUCCCCCAGGGAUGGAGAAAGUGGGGGUAUUGAGGACCGGCUGGAUGGGGGGGUCAGCUACCCAAUAAAAGAACGGCAACAGCCAGAUCCAACUCGUU